AUGAUUCACUGCUUAGGCUGCUGCUUCACUUUAUUCUUCAAUGGUUAUGAUGGAAGCUUGUUGAACGGACUUCAAAGCAUCGAUCGAUGGCACAAAUAUUUCGAUAACCCCAGUGCUACUACACUGGGCCUGAUGAACUCGGCAGGGUUCCUUCCAGGCAUUGUGGCUGGCUUCUGUGGUGACAGACUGGCUCAAACGAUCGGCAAGCGUUGGACUCUCUGGAUAGGAACUUGUAUCGCGAUUGUUGGGAUCAUAUUGAUGUCUGUGUCUACCACCACUGGCAUGUUCUGUGGAGGACGCACUAUCCUCGGUUUUGGGACUCCGCUGGCUGUUACAGUGUCUCCUUCGCACCUUCAGGAGAUCUCGCACCCCAGAUAUCGUGCUCAAGUGAGCUCAUUCUUCACAUGCACAUACUACAUUGCUGCUGUACUAUCAGCCGGGGUAUGUCUGGGCUGCAUGAAUAUUCCUUCGGAAAUGUCUUGGCGCAUCCCAUGCUGGACGCAACUCGUAGGUCCGACAUUGACUUUGGCCCUGACUAGCACAAUGCCAGAGUCCCCGAGGUGGCUCGUGAAAGAAGGCAGAUUGACACAAGCACGCGCGAUUCUCGUCAAGUAUCAUGCGAACGGAAAGGAGAAUGACGAGUUGGUUGACUAUGAGUUCCGAGAAAUCGUGGAUGCAUUAAAGCUAGAGGACCUUAACAAGCAGACAACGUACCUUGACUUCUUCAGGACCCCAGGAAACCGACAUAGACUGAUCAUUCUGAUCGUCGUUGGGGCAAGUUUGAAUUGGGUGGGGAACGGAAUUUUCGCUUAUUUCCUAAAUCCGAUACUCAACGGAAUUGGUGUCACCAAUACUCGCUCUCAACUUCUCAUCCUCGUCGGCCUCAAUAUUUGGAAUUUGAUUUGGUCUACCUCUGCUGCCAUCAAUAUCGACAAAAUUGGCCGCCGACCUCUUUGGCUCACGGCCACCAGCGGUCAGCUAGUCACCAUGGCAGUAACCAUGGGAUUAUCGGCUGCGUACACAGAGUAUGGGAUUAAAGCCGCAGGAACAGCUGUUAUACCCUUCUUUUUCCUCUUUUAUGCGUCAUACGAUAUCGCUUACACACCCAUGUCAUAUGGUUACCCAACUGAGAUCCUGACAUAUAGCCUUCGAACCAAAGGGCUGGCUAUUUACAUUGUUGUCGUUGCCAUGGCUGUAUCUUUGAAUACUUGGAUCAACCCAAUUGCACUCGAUGCUUUGGGCUGGAAGUACUACGCGGUUUACAUAGCCAUCAACGCAAUCCUGCUCGUCAUUCAAUAUUUCAAAUUUCCGGAGACCAAAGACCGUACCAUCGAAGAGAUAGCAACGAUAUUUGACGCCCCACAAGCUGCUACGGUCAUGUAUGCACGGGGUGAGAGUCUGGAAAGGGACGUUCGGAGCGUGAGAGAGGAGCCUGAGGCCAAGAGCAUGUAA